AUGGCAGAUACAGAACAGACAGAAGGCCCCAGUGAGCCUCAGGGCCGCCACGUGAUAUACUGCGGCGUCUGCACUUUACCGCCAGAGUACUGCGAAUAUGGCGGCACCGUCAAGAAAUGCCAGGACUGGCUGCAGAAAGCCCACAAGAGCCUAUAUGAACGUAUAUGGUCUCCAGAAGCCCUAGAAGCCGCCACGGCAUCGCUCUCCGUCGAGGCGCAGAAGCGCGCCGCCAAGGACGCGCAGAAGAAAGCCGCACAGGCCGAGAAGGCGGAGCAGAAGCAAGCAGACAAGAUCGCCAACAGCGUGAUAACAAUUAAGCGGGUCGAACGCAACAAGCGCAAAUUCGUAACCGCCGUGUCUGGACUCGAAGCUUUCGGACUGGACCUGAAGAAAGUCGCCAAGGAAUUCGGCAAGAAAUUCGCCACGGGCUCCUCUGUGACAAAGGUACCUAGCGGUGGAGAGGAGAUUGUCGUGCAGGGCGACGUGUCGGACGAGAUCGAGGAAUUCCUGCUAGAAAAAUACAAGGAUACCAUCCCUGAGGACAACAUCGAGCUCGUCGAUGACAAGAAAAAGAAGGGCUCAACUGCCGCUACCGCCGGCUAG